GCCACAUCAACAAAAGCCACUCCUUCUUUUAUAUAAAGAACAUAUCACCUACCUAAUGUCCUCUUCAGCUGUAGUUUGACCAAGAGAAGAAAUGCUACACAUAUCAAGUACAACUUUUUUGCUUUUUGGUACAGGUGUACUCACUGUUAUGUGUCCAGCAGUCACUAUGAAGGUUUCCACUGGAAAUAAUAAAGUUACUAUUUGGUGUGAACAUACUAUUCAUGUAACUGGAAAUCUGUGCUGGUUUAAGCAGACAUCUGAUGCUGUGCCCAUUCUGGUUGUCUGCAUGCUAUACACGGAAAGUCUUCAAAGUGUAGAGCCGCGAUAUUCAAACAAUUUCACAAAGAAUCAUCUGAUCAUGCAAAUGUGUGGAAAAAAGACUACUUUAACAAUAAUGGAUUUGAAUAUUUCUGAUUCUGGCUUCUACUUUUGUGGAGCUAUGGAAUAUAACAUACAAUUUUUCAAUGGAAUCAGGCUUGAAGUAAAAGAAAAUCAUGAUAUGUCAAGAAAAAAUGCAACAGAGAACUUGAAAAUGGAUCAGAUGGAAUGUCCUACGCCUAGUGAGAACGUUUUUGGAAGCAUCUUUUUCAGCCUGACUCUCCUAUUUGGUGGAAUUAUUAUUUGUACCUUAAGUAUUCUGCUCAUUUUAGCUAUUAUCAGACAUCACAAACAACAGAGACAAGGUGCAGAAUGCCAAGCACAUCAACAUAAUUAUGAGGAGCAGGAGUUCGAGUCAGUAGAAUAUUCUGCUGUACACUUCUCCAAAAAGAAAUCCAAGUCAGCAGAAGAACAUACUGAUCCAUUUCUUGUGUAUACUCAUGCCACAUGAAGCAUAACUCACGUAUUCAAGAUCUUGCUAUACUUGUUUAUUUUUUUGAAACUCUUUUGAUUAUUCUGAUACUACCAUAAGAACAAAUGUAUAUUGAUAAAUCUUAAUAGAAAAGUUAGCCAUAUUGUGUUUGUCUUGUUUUAAAGACAUGUAUUCAUAAAGGAUAUGCCGAGGGCAUCUUGCCCCAGCUGUCAAACCUAUACCUAUACAGGCCAAAUUAACGAAUCAUUUUAUUUGUUACAAUAUUCAAUACUUUAACUAUGUGUAUGUAACUAAAUUGUUUAAAUUGUGAAUCAUAUCAUUUUUACUUACAAUUGAAUGUUUCAUACAAACCAAAGCCACAGAAGAAGUGAUGGGGUUAAAUAUGCUUUCUCAUUUUAACUGAUUCUUUUGGUUGUGAUCAUUUACAUGGUUUACAAUACAUUGUUACUCAGCAAUGGAAUUACUGAAUAAAGUAAAAUAUUGAAAUAACAACCUAUUCAAUUUAAUUCCAAACAGUUUCAGUGUGCAUUUACAAUUCUCUCCAAAAUUAACAUACAAACACACUAAUUUUUAAACAUCA